UUCGGGGACGGGAGCCUGAGAAACAGAGUCGGAUCCUCCUCCGGAUUGAGGGGCCCGUAGGGGGAGGGAGAGGAGCGAGACCGGCGGAGCCCGUGUACGCUGUGCUCCGGUGCCCCGACUGACCGCUGACGGGGUCCUGGUUCGGCCCGGGCUCGGGCUUCCUGGGGUGGGCUCCGUGCUGAGGGACCUGGUGUGUCUACGCUGAGGACGGUGGCGCUGACUAGGACGGCCCCAGGGCCGCUGCCUGAGGCGGCGCCAGCCACUGCGCUGUGCAUCCCCUGGCACUUCUCCAUGUGCUCAUAGGGCGCUUGGGUGGGUCUGAAGCUGAGGACCCUAGGUGAGCCCUUCUAGCCUGAUCACAGGGUGAUGAGGGGCACCGUGGCGUUAUUUAGUGUCACAGCACUCCACAGGGUUCCCUCCGGCUCCUCAGGGACUUUAUCAACUCGGAGAGAGGUUCCCCAGCUUCUGAAGAUGAUCUUGGAAUGGGGGCCGCAUUGCGGGAGGCAAAGGGCCUUGAGGGGCGUGAUGUAAAAGCAGACCCUCCCCCCAGCCGACGGAUCGUCCCUGGGCUGCAGCACCGGGGCUCGCGUGGGGAAGAGUCCGGGGUAAGCAUCCGGACCCAGCGCCUUGGGGUGCACCAGUGCGCUCAGCAGGUCCCUGGAGAUGGUGUGGCACCGUAGUAGCCACUAGGAAGUUGACUUGUCGUAUCCUUCCCUGGCCUAGUCUUCUCAGUCCUUGCCAAGAGCUAUGUCCAAGCCCUCCCUGAUCACCUUCACCCCAGCCACAGACCCCAGUGACCUCUGGAAGGAUGGGCAACAGCAGUCCCAGCCUGAGGAACCGAAGGCCAUCCUGGAUGGGACUGCCGCCCGAGCUUUCUACGAGGCCCUCAUUAGGGAUGACAGCAGUGCCCUGGAACCGCAGACACCUCACCCUGAACCUGCACUGGCAAGAAAGCGGAAGAAGAGAAGAACGAUGAGAGAGACUGUGGCACAAACAGCAUCAACAGGAGUGUCAGGAAGACACGAACAGUGGAGAUCUCCUGAGGCUGAGGACAAGAUGACCCAGAAGAUCCUGAGGGCCGCCCAGGAGGGAAACUUGGCAGAACUGCGAAAGCUGUUGGAACCCCAUGAGGCGGGGGGGGCUGGGGGGAAUAUCAACGCCCGGGAUGCCUUUUGGUGGACUCCUUUGAUGUGUGCUGCCCGUGCGGGUCAAGAGGCAGCUGUGCGAUACCUCCUGGGCCGUGGGGCUGCCUGGGUGGGUGUCUGUGAGCUCAGUGGCAAGGACGCUGCUCAGCUGGCUGAAGAGGCUGGCUUCUCCGAGGUGGCCCGCAUAGUCAGAGAGAGCCCUGGAGAGACAAGGACCCCCGAGAAUCGGUCCCAUACUCCCUCUCCCCAGUACUGUGAGACCUGUGAUGCUCAUUUCCAAGACUCCAACCACCGUACAUCCACUGCUCACCUGCUAUCAUUGUCUAGGGGUUGUCAGCCCCCCAACCUUCGCCUUGGGGUGCCCACCUCCAGCCCAGGUUUCCAGCUGCUGUUGAGAGGGGGCUGGGAGCCAGGAAUGGGGCUGGGACCCCGAGGUGAGGGCCGAGCCAACCCUAUCCCCACUAUCCUCAAGAGGGACCAGGAAGGACUUGGCUACGGAUCAGCACCCCAGCCCCGAGUCACACACUUCCUAGCUGGAGAUACCCGGGCUGUGGCUGGAAGGGUGAGGGGCCCUCGGGUGGCUACACUGAACCGAAGGGAGGCUAGAAGGCAGGAGGAGAAGGAUAGAGCCUGGGAAAGGGACCUGAGAACAUACAUGAACCUUGAGUUCUGACCUUGAGCAGGCCAAGCCCUGGUCUGCUGCAGAAAUCUGAGCCAGGCCUCCAACUUGGGGCAGUUUGACUUACACAUUCUGGGAUCUGCCUAGGUGUAAAACCUCAGGUUUUGAAUACUGAGCUGAGAAAAAUAAAUUUGUCUCCCUC